CGCCCAGACCAUCGCCAAGGAAGUUACGCUGCUCCGCGUGCGCUCAAAGUAUCGUGUGAUUCCAUUCACUCCUAAAGCAAGGAAACCUUCAUUCGUAUAUCAGUGCGUACCUUCAAUAAUUACAAUAUCAAAUCAAACCUCAUUCGAGGAAAGAAGUGUUAACAAUUAAUAAGUUGUAGGUACUUGAAGUGUGAUUUCAUUAUGGUAGAAAAUGGAACGACUCUGAAGUUCGUAAGUUCUCCAGUGGAAGUUAGCGAGAAGUUGAAGAAGCAGCAGCCAUGGAUGCCAAGCAUCUGGUGUUCCUGCUGGCAGUGUGUCUUGCACAACAAGGAGAGCCCCCAGUAAUCAAGGAGCACCCCAGCAAUAUGGUGGCUCGCCGCAACGACCCCGCCACCCUCAACUGUGCCGCCUCUGGUGCCGCCCGCGUCAGGUGGUUCCGUGACGGAGAAGAGGUGGUCACCUCCACACAAGACCCUCGCUCCCACCGUGUCCUCCUGCCCUCUGGUUCCCUCUUCUUCCUCCGUGUCACUGCCACCAGGAAGGACAGUGACACAGGCACCUACUGGUGCGUGGCGUCCAAUAGCUACGGCACUACACGCUCCCACAAUGCCACACUGACCGUGGCCACCCUUGCGUAUGACUUCCAGAGCCAGGCAGAGCCCACGGUGAAGGCCAGGGUAGGUGACUCUGUCAGCCUUCCAUGCCGGCCGCCCAAAGCCACUCCUCCGCCUGAGCUGACCUGGCUGAGGGACGGCCGGCAGGUGACCAACUCCAGUCGUGUCAGCGUCACUGAGGCUGGAGACCUGGUCAUCAGCCAGGCCGUCCAGGAAGACUCUGCAGCCUACGUGUGUCGAGCCCGUAAUGCUGCUGGGACCAGGGAGUCUUCUCCAACUCAACUCACAAUAAUGACUCCACCGUGGUUUGAAGAACGACCAUCAAAUGUGACUGCCCCAUCAGGUGUGGUGGUGGAACUCACAUGUCGAGCACGAGGGUCGCCCACACCAACUGUAACUUGGCGGCGGUUGGAUGGCAAGAUGCCACAGGGUCGUGCCAGGAUAGAGAACCAAAAUGAACAAUUGGUGCUGGAGCAGGUAACACCCAUGGACUCUGGUGUGUAUGUGUGUGAGGUGGAGAGUGAGGCAGGCAUAGCUUCGACUCAGGCCAUGGUCACUGUGGUGGACGCACCACAGUUAACACAGAGGCCACAACGACUUCAGGCGAUGGCAGGGAAAAGGGUGCAAGUCUCAUGCCGGGUGGAAGGCGAGCCUCGGCCUUUAGUACUGUGGCGUCUCCCCACACUAGACAGGACUGCUAUUCUAAUCACCGGCCAAAGCAGUGGCCAUGCCUCUGUGUCUGAUGAUGGCCAAUCCCUCCUGCUGGAGCAAACAGCAAUUGAAGACAGUGGCACAUACUAUUGCUGGGGUGUCAGUAGUGGUGGGGGUGUGAGUGGAAGAGCAGAGGUAGUGGUAGUGUCAGCUCUUCCACCACCAGUGGUAGGUAUUGGUCCCAGAGAUCUUAUGGUUGCCCCAGGAAGCAUUGCCUCCUUUCCAUGUGAAGUAGUGAGUGAGGCAGCAGAAGCCACCAUCUCUUGGUGGUAUCGUCCAGCAGCUCAUCUGCCAUCGCGUCAGCUCUCACAAGACCCCCGUAUCUUUUUACCAGAUACAGGGGCUCUCAUUCUCAAGAAUGUACAUCUAGAUGAUGCAGGAAUUUACACCUGCCGUGCUGCAGCAAACACAGGCACAGUGGAAAAGGCAGCAGUUCUGCGAGUAGAACAUUAUGCCGAUGCCGUAGAACCAUUGCUCCUGCCAGCACCUCCCACCAAGCCACGUCUUAUGGCAGUUAAUCAAACAGCAGUGCAGCUGAGUUGGCUUCCUAACUCUCAAGUGAGUGGGGAGUCAGGUCAGAGGUAUAUAAUAGAAUACUGGCGACACGGCUGGGAUGAAUGGCGAGUGGCUGAUGCUGUUAUAACACAGGAGUCAUGCAUAGUGAGUCACCUAACUCCCGGAUACACAUACACCUUCCUGGUUCGUGCUGUCAGUAAAAGAGGGGCAUCAUUUCCAAGUCCCUGGUCAGACCCUGUCACCACACGCCCUCCUCGUGACCCCAGCCUCACUAUGGACCAGGUUCGCCAGGCUCGCCGCCGCCUCUCUCGCCCCAUCGUCACCCUCACUGAUGCCACUGUCACUGCCCCUGACAGUGUCCUGCUGACCUGGGACUUUCUGGGUCCAACAGAUGGGUCUGUGGAGGGCGUGUUGGUAUACUCGGUGGCCGAGGUGGGCACUGUGCAGGUGGCUACUGUCCUGGGCGCCUCAUCUUCAUCCCACCUUCUGCACGACCUGCGUCCCAACACACCCUACACUUUCUUCAUAGUUCCCUUUUGGCACAGCGUUGAGGGAACACCAUCAAACUCCUACACACUCACUACACCUGAGGAUGUGCCUUCCGUUGCACCUGGGAAUGUACGCGUGAAUGUGCGUGAGGAAGGCUCUGUACUCAUCAGGUGGACGAGUGUGAAUGCUGAGGAAGCCCGCGGGGACCUGGUGGGUUACCAGGUAACAAUAAGCCACAACGGGAGCCAGACCACAGAGACUGUAGUGAGUCCCUGGUUGGAGGCCCGUGGUCUUUUGCCUGGUCGCCUUUAUACUGUGCGUGUAGCAGCCGUCACAGGGGCAGGUCCUGGUCCCUUUAGUGACCCUGUUCUGCUAGAUGCUGGGCCCAACGAUGCCCACAGCACUCAGAGAGUGAACUCAGAUGGUGACAUUGGGGGUUCUGUGUUAUAUGCCCCACCACAGCCUGCAUGGCUGGUGUACCUGCUAAUACCACUUGUACUGCUGGUGUUUACUGCCACAUUAAUAUAUGUAAGACGGCUACGUCGUAAGGCACCCCCCUCCAACCCACCUCAUGCCCCAGCCCUCUACCAGGAUCCUUCCAUCUAUCCUGACCACUCUAUCAAUAUGUACAGUGAACGCAAAUCGUGGCGCCCCUCAGAAAGUGACAAGGAAUCCAGUUUGUCAUCAACACGACUCUUGCGUCCGGAUCAACUUCCGAAUGAGUAUGCAGAGCCACGGGUGCAACGUCUCAGUGCAACAUCAACAGAACCAUAUGCAACUACAGCACUGCUGGCACCAGCAUCACCUCACCUUAAUCACAGUGCUCACUGGCAGUGCAGUGAUGACUCUGGUGUACAGGUGAACUGGACAGCUUUUCUCCCACCACCACCAUCUUACCCUCCUCCCCCUGACCUGGACCUGGGUGACCCAACAGGCAACAGUAAUAUGCACAGAGAACAGAGGAUAUGUAUUUCCUCUUCACAGUAUGAUAACAUGGGUAAGUCAGAGAAAUACGAUCGACCGUGUGAUGCCUCUGAACACACUUACGAUGUUUACACACAGAUGACACCCACUAACCGGCGAGAUGGAUUCCUUACGUUCAGUAUGGGACAGAGCAGUCACAAGGUUCGUGCUGACUGUCAUCCUCCACCCCCAACGCAACCCCCUCGGAGUAACACACAUUAGUACAGCAGUCAGCUGAGCCAUUAAACUCGGUGUCCGCUGGAUCAUCCAACCCACCUUCCAGCACCACAACAACCAGUAAAGAUGUAGUAGCAAGAAAGCUAGUGAAACUCCUCAGGUCUUUAGGAGCUAGUGGUGCUCUUUAGACCUGCAGGAGUGAACAGAUGAAGGAGCUCCGCGGAGGACCAAUACAUCCUCAGGAGGCCGUACGUGUGUCUGUGAUGUAAUCUCCACCGAGCUUAUAUGUAUAUGAAUGAUGGUAACACUUUGCCUCUGGAUCCAAUAGCAUUGUUAUUGCUGGUAAAUAAAAACCAGAUAAGAGUAACAAGAUUAUUGCCAGUAGCAAGAGUGUUGCCUUGGGGGGAACACGAGCGCUACUCAGAUAAGUUUUCCCAAGUGGGAAAACUUAUGUCUGCUUCCACUCCUUCAGGUUCUGCUGAAGGAUGUAGAGGAAGUAGAUCUUGAUUAGCUGCUGCAGAAGAUGGUCACAGUACUAUCACAACUUUAUAUAUUACUAAGAGUGAUGUUACUCGCGCUUUUGUGAUACUUUCCUCCACACUCUCCACUGGUCUGUGAUGGCACUGUCUUCGACCCUAUAAUAGUACACUAAAUUCGAUCCUACGAAAGUAUACUUACAAUUAUUUUUAUAUGAUAUAAUAUUUACACCGUCCACUACUCUAUGAUAGUAACCUGUAGAUAUAUAAUUGAUGUCUCUGUGAUGGUCACACAGAGCACACUCCUACCACCCCUGUGGCAGAGCACACUCCUACCACCCUGUGGUAGAGCACACUCCUACCAUCCCUGUGCUACUACAUUAAACCAGCCACUGCUCUGUGAGAGUACACAUAGGCCUUACUCAAUCAUAUAAUGGUAAGCUUCCAACUUCCUUGGCCAUUUUAGGAUGCGCAUUCACGUUCUUCAGUGUUGUGAAAGUACACCAUCUACAAUUGUACAACGGUACACAUACACAACCUUUCACUUUAUGAUAUACUUACAGGCUCUACUGCUGAGAGAGAGCGUAGUACUGUCACAUCAUUCACCACCAAAUGCUAAUGCACUCAAAUCAUCCUCUAUGUCAUGAUAUUGCACUUACACCAUACACUACCAACUUACUAGUACACUCCCAUUCCUUGCACUAUUACAAUGGUUCACAUACAUACCUCACUUCCCCUUAUGUGUUGCAAUAAUACAUGUACAAGUCAUCAAACCACCGUGAUGCUACCACACCUGCUUGAACAACCCUCCUGAUACAGUGUUGAUGUAGCUAUAAAUGAUGUUCCUCCUAGUAGCAACACAAUAUUUCUAGAGCAAAACAUCAUACUCUCUUUCUCUCUAUCUCUUGUGUUGUUGUUUUGUGUUCUUUGAAAUCCUCUGCCCAUUGAAGGUCAUAGAGCAGUCGUCACAACAAGUUUUAUUAAAACUCAUAAACAGGCAACCCAGCCCUAUUGUGCCUUCACCCUAUUUUAUUCCCACUAGUGAUGCCAUCUUACACCCGCCACACGCAGGCUACCCAGCCCUACGAAACCUACACCCCAUAUUGUAGCCACAAGCACGCUAGCGGUGCCCACCACACUAGUUACACAAUCCUACACCCAUCAAACACUGGUGAACCCACUCUUGCCACUCUAUACCCACUACACAUGAGUGACACCACUCAACACUUACGACACCACUCAACACUUACGACACCACUCAACACUUACGACACCACUCAACACUUACGACACCGUCUAACAGCCUCACUGGCAAUGCUUCCAAACAACCAACAACAAUUCGUGAUAUGUACUGUGGCGCCAAACAGUGCCAGCCGGUUGUGUCACAUGUACGCUGCCACGUGUUAUUUGUUACUAGUCACAUGUAUAUAUGUACAGAUAUAUAUUAUUUUUUAUAUUAAAGUUUGUACACGGAAGUGAA